AACUCGGGAACUUAUUCAUAUGCACUUUUUAUCUAUGUGUAGAUGACCUCGAGAAAGGCAGGAGACCAAUCACCAGCCACCUACCAAACACUCGACCAAUCCUCACCACUUUCAUCCCCUAUUUUAACCCCACCGCUUAGAGAAAACGCGCGAAUCGCAUACCGCGGGUGUACUGCGCUUCCACCCCCAAAAUGGCUGCGAAAUCGCGCGGGCAUUAUGACCGGCGAUCAAAAUAAACGGGCGGAUUAAUUUGAGGGGUAAAUUUGAGGAAAACUAAAGUGAAAAAAAUAAUAAUAAUAGUGUAUAAGUUUACUACCACUACGCCCGCAGUUAUACUACUCCCUCACCUUGGGGUUUUUUUCUAUUCAAGGUACAUAUCUGGAGGCUGGAGAAUAGUCUGUUGGUCACAAGGGGUUGCAGACACCAACCACGCAGAAGUACGUCGUGCGUUCACGGUUAAACAUGUUUUAAUCUUUAGCUUCCACGAUCUAUAAAUAAGUAAUAACAAUAAUUAAUUUGUGUUGUGAUUUAAAAAUGAUGCAAGAACAUAAAUCAUUUCUUAUUAGAGAUCUUUUGGGUGAUGUGCUAGCAGAACGUGUGCAAGAUGAUUCAGAAGACGACUCGGCGCUUCAUUCAGACUCUGAAGACACGAUAGAUCCUGGAAGUAGUCCAUGUACGAGAUUGAGCAGCCCGAAUCCUUUGUUGUCGCCAUCACCCGAUCCGCAGGUUAAUUCAAUAAAAUCUUGCGGCGGAUCCACUUCGGGAGCUACUCAAUCAGGACGUAAACCUCGAAGAAGACGAACGGCUUUUACCCACGCUCAGUUGGCUUAUCUUGAACGGAAAUUUCGUUGUCAGAAGUAUCUCAGUGUUGCUGAUCGGAGUGAUGUUGCUGAUGCUUUGUCGUUGUCUGAGACUCAGGUUAAAACAUGGUAUCAAAAUAGAAGAACAAAGUGGAAGCGUCAAAACCAACUAAGACUCGAGCAACUGCGGCACCAAGCGACGGUAGAAAAAGAACUCCUUGUCCGUGGUGUUGGUCUUCAUCAUGGCAGCAUCGACGCUUAUUGUCCACCGUAUUCACAAACUGGAAACUCACCACAUCCUCCGCCACCACCUCCACCACCAGCACCUUCUUCAGCGUCCACCGCAGCCUUUUUAUCCACCGCGGCGGCACUUUUUCGCAACGUUACAUAUGUUCACGGAUGCCCGCUUUAACAUCCAUCUACUUCCAUUGACUAUCAAUCAUGGAACUAACUAUCACCUUCUGUAAAUAUGUAAUUAUCAACUAUUAGAUCUACUAUACAAUAUUAUUUGUCAUCAUCAUCAUCAUCACAAUUAUUAUCUGUGCAAUUUUACUUAGUUUUAUUUUUUAAAAAUCUAAUAUGACUAAAUAAUAAAUCAAUUAAAUUAUUCUUUUCAUAAAAUCAUUAUCAGUGUUAUAUUGUGAUGCAC